GUAAAACCAAGCAAAGCCCUAAGUCAUAAACAGAAGUACCCAAAUUCAUUUUAGUUCACAACAGACAACACAACACAGCUCGGUUUUGAAAGUGGUCGAAAUGGAGGACGUAAAGAAGAGAAAGGUGGGAGAAGCAGUGGGAAACGGAGAGACAUCAUCAUCAUCAUCUGAAGAAGAGAUGCGUUUGUUGCUUGACCCUCUCCCUAAGCCCCAGCUCGUCCAUCUUCUCUCUAAACUAGGCUCCCAAUAUCCUUCAAUUGCAGAAGAAAUUAGAAGUAUUGCCAGUGCAGAUCCUGUCCAUCGAAAGCUUUUUGUUCGUGGCUUGGCCUGGAAUACCACUUCAGAAACCUUGUGUGCUGCAUUUCAAGUGCAUGGAGAAAUAGAGGAAGGUGCUGUGAUCUCUGACAAAACAACAGGAAAAUCACGUGGUUAUGGUUUCAUUACUUUCAAACAUAUGGAGUCAGCUCAUAAUGCAUUGAAAGCACCUAGUAAAAUGAUUGAUGGUCGAUUAGCUGUUUGCAAUCUCGCUUGUGAGGGCUUAAGCGGAGCAAGUACAACUCCUGAUUUGGCCCAGAGGAAGCUCUACAUUGGGGGCUUGUCACCAAACAUUACUAGUGAGGAGCUUCUCAAAUAUUUUGAGAAGCAUGGUGACAUAGAAGAAGGUUCAGUUGCAUAUGACAAGGAUACAAAUGUGUCUCGUGGGUUCGGUUUUGUUACAUACAAGACUGUGGAGGCUGCGAAGAAGGCCAUAGAUGAUCCAAACAAGAUCCUUGGGGGGAGGAAUAUCAUUGUGAAGCUUGCCGAUUCCCACAAGGGAAAAUCCUUGCAGACACAGUUACCCACAGCAGUGGUUCCAAUGGCCUUACCAAUGGCAGCUGGAUACCCUCAGCCUGGAAAUGCACAUGUGAGCACCACUUCUGUUGCCUACACUUACCCUCAAACUGUAGCAUCAUACCCUGUUUCUUCUUACCCUAGUCCUCCUACUGCACCUGCUCCAUACCAGGCACAACCGCAAAUUUCCUAUGCACCAGUCACCUUAAAGAAAGAAUCCCUUGGACUCCCAUCAACACCAAUGGGAAUUGGUGGGUACCCAUAUUACCUCUCCAAACAAUAACUGUUGUCACCUGGUUUGGUGCGUCUGGAAAUUAUUUGGUGGGAUUAGGUGAUGGGAAUUCGUUGAUGGCAUGAAAUAUAAUGUUUGAAUGUUUGUUUCUUGUAAGUUUAGCCAAGAAUAAUGUAAUGCAGUUCAUUUACAAUUGUAGGGAUAGAUGGAUAGUUUCUACUAAUUCUGUAGUUCAUAUGAUGUUUUUUCUUUUCUUAGAUCUGAAGCAGAGUAAUGAUUAAGUUCUUAAUAUUGGUUUCUCCUCCUA